CUCGCCAUCAGCGCGCCCUGCCCAAGCCCAGUCCCCGACCCGGUUCGGACCCGUCCCCGCUGGGUCAUGGGGUCCCAGGGUCGGCGCCUGAAGCUCACUCAAUGGGCGCAAGGUCUGAAGCCUGAACUCGGCUCGCAUCUGAGCGGAGCAACCGACGCCGGGAUGCCAGUGGCCCAAGUCCCCUUCCCAGACGGAGGCGAGCCGGCGGGACAAGGAGCCCAUUCUUCACACUCAAACUGGUAUCUGGCAGGGAUCAUCACUGCUGAAGCCUGAGCCAGUCUUUAUUUUUCCUGGAAAUGGACGUUCCCAGGGCGCCCCCUGGUGGAUUUGGAGCUGACCGUCCGUGAAUUCCAAGUGAUGGCCAGAGUCCUCACACCUCACCUCAGACCCUUCCCUGGGAAUGAGACUCUGCACGAACAUUACAACUACGUGGGCAAGCUGGCGGGCCGCGAGGGCAGCAUCCUCACCACUGUGCUGUUCUUGGUCAUCUGCAGCUUUAUUGUCCUAGAGAACCUGAUGGUUCUGAUUGCUAUCUGGAAAAACAAUAAAUUUCACAACCGCAUGUACUUUUUCAUUGGCAACCUGGCUCUCUGUGACCUGCUGGCUGGUGUUGCCUAUAAGGUCAACAUUCUGAUGUCAGGCAAGAAGACACUGAGCCUGUCUCCGACAGUCUGGUUCCUGCGGGAAGGCAGCAUGUUUGUGGCCCUUGGGGCAUCUACCUGUAGCUUACUGGCCAUCGCCAUUGAGCGGCACUUGACCAUGAUCAAAAUGAGACCAUAUGACGCCAACAAGAAGCACCGUGUCUUCCUUCUGAUUGGGAUGUGCUGGCUCAUAGCAUUCUCUCUGGGCGCCUUACCCAUUCUGGGCUGGAACUGCCUGCACAACCUGCCCGACUGCUCUACCAUCUUACCCCUCUAUUCCAAAAAGUACAUCGCAUUCUGCAUUAGCAUCUUCAUGGCCAUUCUGGUGGCCAUUGUGAUCCUAUACACGCGCAUCUACUGCCUGGUAAAGUCCAGCAGCCGCAGGGUGGCCAGCCCCCAAAACUCGGAGCGAUCCAUGGCCCUUCUGCGGACCGUCGUGAUCGUGGUGAGCGUGUUCAUUGCCUGCUGGUCCCCGCUCUUCAUCCUCUUCCUCGUGGAUGUUGCCUGCAAAGCAAAGGAGUGCGCUGUCCUGUUCAAGGCCCAAUGGUUCAUUGUGUUGGCGGUGCUCAACUCCGCCAUGAACCCCAUCAUCUACACUCUGGCCAGCAAGGAGAUGCGGCGGGCCUUCUUCCGGCUGGCCUGCAACUGCCUGGACAGGGCACAAGGCACCCGUUCCUCGCCCAACCAGCCUGCUCUCGAUCCAAGCAGAAGCAAAUCCAGUGGUAGCAACAACAGCAGCCCCUCCCCAAAGAGCAAGGAAGACAUCCCCCAAACAGUCACCUCACCUUGCAUAACUGACAAAAACAAAGCUUUGCAGAACGGGAUCCUCUGCAAGUGAGGGCCUGGCCUCAAGGAGCAUGGGAUCCCUACAUCUCUGUGGCAGAAGUGGCACCCAGGCAAGAGGCCAUGUGCUUAUUUAUUGCUUAUCUCACCAUGGAGCUCUGCCAGAGCUGAGACUCGGGAAAUCUAUUUUGCCAACAGCCUGCCCAAUGUAGCCAUCUGUUAAGGCUGGGACCCAAGGACUUGCCAACCCAUAUCAGUGUAGACAGUGUGCCUUAUUGUUUCAGGCUCCAGAGCCUUCCAAAUGUACCAAGCUGCUGAUGUCAUCGUUGCCUUCCCCAGAAUCCUACAGCUGCUCUCUGGUGUUCCUGGAGAGGGGAGGCCAUGGGCCACACAAUGUACAGUGUGUUUCCCAGGACAUCGGGAUGAUGUUUGGGUAACCACACUGUACUGACUGUGCCAAGAAUGGAUGCUUGUGUAUUCUGUCAUUUCUAUGCUACAUUGCACUUGUAUUUCAGAUGUCUGCCAUUGGCAUGUGCAUAAGCUGCAGUAUGUGGCACAGUUAUGUUAGCAGUAAUCAAGCAUGUUUUGACUGAACCACAAACUAUAAGAAUAUGGAUGGGAACUAGGUAGACAUGCCAGUUCCAGUCUCCUCAGACUGAUGUGAAGUCUUGAGUUGAGCAGGUUUUGAAUGCUAAAAUUCUCAAAAAUACCUUGUCUAAGGCUGGUCCCAGAUGUGUGGGUCUGACCCCAAACAGCCCUGAGACAUGCCUGGGAGUAGGUCAGUGUCUGAAAAAUCCUCACAAGAAUGACCAAGUUCUGUAGGCAUAGGUCCCCCAAGGAGCCCCCCCCAUUCUUUUCUGUCAUGUGUCCCUGCAUAAUUUUAAGCACACUCAAAAUUAGCCAAAUUACAUGAUUAUUCUGGGGUUUCCACAGAUCACAAAAAAGUCAGCCAAGGUCUUCCAGGAGCCUGUGCCCCAGACCAACUAAGAAAUGAGCUCGCUUGGAAGAAGCAGGGACAAACCUCCAGCUCAUUUCACCUUUCCAAAGUUGCCAGAAGUAGCUGUCAGUUAGCAGAAAAUUUCCGUUGAAUUGGGAGAGGUUUCCAAGACCACUUUGAUCCUAUAUUGAGUUCCAUUCUGUAUCAGGAAAGCACCCAGUCAGUAACCCCUGUGUUGCCACAGCUGAGGAGCGGGGAACCGUCAGCAAUCUCACGGCUUCUGGAAAGCUGAACCUGACAGUCACUAUUAGAUCAGUUUAAUUGUCAGGAGAGGAAAUAUGAUGUGGUGGUUUGUUCAUUCUUCAAAGAAACGUAAAGUGUGUGUAAUCUUACUUUUCAACAUAGGUCGACGCUGUAUCACUCUGUUUACCUUAUAAUGGGAUUACGCCAGAGGCAUUUUUGUGCAUUAUCUUCCCCAAGGGUUCUACAUGAAUACAAACUGAUCAAAAGAAACACACACGUCUGUAGAGCUCCCAUAAGCACACAGUGGAUGUGUUGAGUUCUUUGUAAAAACAGAAACAAAACAACCUUCAAAAGGAUUCUUACUUGGGAAAACCUCAUAUAUGACACCCUUGAAGUUUUUAGGCUCAGUAAUAAUGUUGCCUGUAAAGACUAAAAGAGCAGUCUUAGCACGUUAACAUAUUUGAAGAGAAAUUAACUCCUGUUUACCUGAUGAAAGUUCUUCUUAUUGAGGAAUAGUUCCGUGUAUCCAGGGAGAUCUCCAUGUACUGACCAAAGAUUCCUCAUCUUUUUUACUGAUGAGAUAAAUACUGUUUGUAAGAUGUUCAUCGGUGGCAUUUUUCUUUGCCUUCUUUACACUCCUGAAAAGAAGCUUGUUCUUUUAUCAAGUAGCGUGAGAAAACCCAGGGUAUUUCUAGGAAUGGUAAGCAUUAAGGUACUGGGUUAAGAAAAAAAAUGCACCAGAGGGCCAAAAUGUUGGGUAUUGUACUUCACGUAGGUAGUGACAUGGCUUUAGAACUUUAUAUCAUAGUUCUCUGUUGCUCUGGGGGCCCCAGAUCUCUGGCACUAAUAUUAAUAACACUUUGUACCAUAACCACAAUGUCCCUGUGAGAGAACGCCAAACGUUCAAACAAUCUGAAUGAAAAAUACUCCAAAAAAAAAUUGUGUUAUCUGAUAUGUGCAAAAAAUAAUCAACAUUAAUACCAAUGUGUAUAUUCCUAACUAGCUAGCUGGAGAUCAUUUAGAAGUUGAGUGUUUCAAAGCCACAGAAAAGCUGUGCUUUAGAUCUCAUUCCGUUAGAAACCUUUACUAUGUCCCAUAUAUGUUUGUUAAAAAAUAAAACCAAAAGCCUUCGUAAAAACCAUUGUUGGAAGUCCAUGUGGGGGUCGUGCAUCUCCAGGCCACACCUGGUCGGGUACAAGAUGGCAGCCAGCCCCUCACCUGGUACUAGUGUCUCUAUAGGAAUUAAACCACUCUUGGAACCCCGGUAAUCUUUCCACCUAUACUUCCCCAUUUGCAUAUGUGGUGUUUGGUGAAGCCUGGUGGAUUGGGGCUAUUUCAGCAAUGUCAGUGAGUUGGAUUGUUUUGAGGAUGGUCAACAGACUGCCUUUUGACAGGGUGACGAUUGAGAGCCCUGGCAGUCAAGGUAGGGCUAGAGGAAAUGCAAUGCUUGGUUUUGUUCCAUUUGUAACAGGAGAGAAGAGGCCAGAACUGGCCCUUUCCCCAGCUUUCUCCUUUAUAAAUGGUAGGUUUUGGUGUGGGGUGUGUGUGUGUGUGUGUGUGUGUGUGUGUCCAUGUCCCCAUUCUGUGCCCUACAGAGAAAGAGGCUGGCAUUUGGCAUGACUAAUCUGGUGGUGACAGUCAUGAAGAAAUCUCCCCAGCACAACCAAGGACCAAACCUUCUGCCUCCUGUGAUUCUGCCCAAGGCCCACUUGGUAGAGAUUAACAGAAGUCCCCUCAGGAAUGCUUCUGCCCAGCAGCCAUUUACAUUUACACCCUCAGCUGACAGGCAGGGCUUUGCU